UUCUAAAUUCUAAAAUGAGAUAAAUUUCGUACAAAAUUAUAGUUUUUUUGCAACUUUUAGCAUCUCUUUGGGCAUCUAAAUUCGACAACUAAAUUAUUUUUGAGCAAAAGGGCAACAGGAGGAGGUUUAAAAGCUUGCGGCACGAUGACACAGCGACUGAACUUGACUCACAUACUGCAGAAUCAACUGAACGAGGAGCGUGUGCAGGGCGGUGGCUUGUUCCAUCUGGGCAGAUCCAGCAAGAAGGAAAAUAUGCUCAAAUCGAAUGUACAGAGCCCCACGGAUGAAUAUUUUGCGCAGAAACCGGAUGUGAUAAAGACCUUUGACCAUAUGGUAGCGAACAUACACUCCACCAUGAAGGCUACACCACCGCCGCGCAAGGCAGUUCCCGCGAUACCAGCGCCCAUUGCAGUCAUUCCGAAUGCGCCGCCACAGAAGCAGACGAUCGUUCGCAAGCGGAACAAGUCCGCACGCAGCAAGUGCCUCCGCAGCAAGUCCGUUGCCCGCUUCAAGGGCGGCAGUGCCAGCUCCACGGGCGUCAUUACCUCCUACAAAACGAAAACUCUGCCCAUUGCGGAUAUGAAGGCCGAUCUAGACCAGAAGGUGACGCGCAUGAUGCGCCGCGGAUUGAACGAUUUGGGCGGCAAGACGUUCACCAAUCAGCGACGCAUACGCGAGGUGUUGCAGCAGAAGGUGAUGCUGGAGCAAAUGCUGUUGCAGCAUCGGCGGCUGCAGCGCGACAGGCAGACCAUCGCGCUGGACAUACAGCGGAUGAGGCAGGAUCUGGACAAGAUACGCAACAAGUUGGACACGUCGCUGCAGAGCCUGCAGUCCACGCGAACCAUCUCGGGUGGCAUUGCCAAGGCCAAGAAGACGCCCAUCAUGAAGAUGGUCAGCGUGUCCACCACGGGUCGUCGGCCGUUCAGCGCCGCCUCCUCGGGCCGUCGGUUGUUGAGUGCUGCCGUUGCAGCCACUGCUGCAGUAACCUCGCCCAAUAACCAUUCGAGUGGCUUCGUUCAUAAGCGACGAAUGUCCGUGCGUUCGACCAAGAAGCGGAACGUAAGUCGCAGUCCAGCAAAAAAAGGAUAAGUCAUGACAAGCGGC